GCUUUCACUCCAUGUGUCAGCGCUGAAGGUGGGGAUUUCCCUAUCCCAGACGGGAUUUCUCCGCAACAUGGUGGGCUUCGUGGAGGAGCUCCCGGAAUAUGCAAGAGCUUCCUAUGUGAAUCAAAGUGUGGACGAACAACUCCUGGAGUGGCCGUGCUUUUGGUGCCAACGUGUGGUUGAGACGUUGAUGGUGUGGCAGCGGCGAGCGACGGACCUCCAGUUGGAGUUCACCAUCAUGGAUGAUGGAGGAAACUUCUCCAGGGCGAUGGAGAACUAUGCUGUGAUGACAGCAGAUCCAUCUGUGGAUCUGCUGUUUGGGCCUUGCUUGGGCACUUGGAACGCGUACGCAGCGAAUGUGGUUACUGCCGGCAACAAGGUCUUGGUGCAGUGGUCCAUCACCUACCAACGCUACAUGGGAGGAUACAGGACAGAAGUUUGUCCUUACUGCAACUACAAGUGGUUUCGCGAAACCGAUUGGGUCGACUCGCAGAGUUAUGGCAACCAAACGGAUUUUCUCUUCUCGCGGCGAAGCGUCUCCAUUCCCGCAGGCGAACCCGGGAUCAUUUUUGAGAUCGGCAAAAAUGGUGCGUACCCUGACGUAAAUCAACAUCCGGAAUUCGACUGGGAGCGCAACAACAGAAUUGCCUUAACCAACAGCAUUUAUUACGCCUUGUGGGGAAUCAAGACCGCAGUUGAAACCGAGGUUGUCGACUACGUGUUUGCGCAGGUCGCGCACAAUCUCUUUGCUUGUAGAAGCACGUUUGGCGCAGAUGCUCACUUGGCUGCUUAUUUGUUCGAGUGGAGAAUGGGCAAAAAGUGUCACAAAAUUGCGGGACGCGACUUGGAGCCUGGACGUGAUGCUGUGUGGACCUUUGCCUAUUUUGAGGACAUGUACUCAGUGCCUUUGGAGCGAGCAGCUGUCGACCGUUGGGGGAAUGCCACCACGACCCUGAUUCCAUUGAAGGUCAAGGGACUGGUUUGGAACCCCUUGAGCCUGGACUCGAUUAGUGCCGACGUGUUGGUGCUCUGUGGAACAUCUUCUUUGCUUGGCGAGUUUUUGAUCCAGGCCUCCGCGGUGCAUCUGGCCUUCAAGGCACUCUUCCUGGAGCUGCCUGCAGGCGUGGGAAAGAUCUUUGGCUACGGAUCGUUCCUGGUAAAUUACUUGGUAGAGACGAUUCCCAUUCCCACGGUCUUGCCCAAUACGGUGGAU